AGAGAGGAGUGAAUGAUGGGAGCGCAGGAGGGAGACGACUCCGCUCCUCCAGCUGGGAAGACACGACAGAAAACAUCCAAAGAAGUUUAUUUCUCAGUUCUGCCAGAUAAAUACGAACCACUGAUAGAAGAGGAAGAGGAGGACGAGGAGGAAGAGAGGGAGGAGACACCAGAAGAAAGGAAGAAGAGGAAGGAGGAGAAGAAGAGGAAGAAGAAGAAGAAGUAUAAGAAGUACAGGAAGAACGUCAGGAAGGCGUUGUGUUUCAGCUGGCGCUGCCUGAUGGCCGGCUUACAGAGCAUGGCGUCCACUUACUCCACUCCGCUGUCCGCCAUGGCGACCGUGGUGACGGAAACUCAACGAGCAACCGGCCAGAGAGCAUGAUGGGAGCGAGGACCGAGAAGCCUUUAUAAGACCCUGAACCACGUUUGGUAGUAAAACUAGUUUAAUGUAAAUGUUUAUUUUAGUGGUUCAGUGUUUUCAGUUUAACAGGAAUUUAACUGGACUGUUAUUUGUUUAAUGAUGAAGGAUUCAGUUUGUAAAAUGUCUUCUUAAUCUCUGAUGAGGCUGCAAUUCAUUUUCAUUAUUGAUUAAUCUGAUUAGUUAGUUUCAACAUUUUUAAAUUGUCCCCAAAAAUAUUCAGUCAAAUGCAAAGACUGUGGACAAAACAGGGCUGAAGAAAGACUUACUUACUUAUUGUGAGACUGGAAACACAAGACGAUCACAAAGAGUCAGAAACAGAACAAAGGAUUCAACAAAGCUGAGACUCAAACACAGACAGAACUUAUGAGGGAAAUGAGGGACAGGUGAGUGGACGUGAGGGGAAGGCUGGAUGUUGAUUGGCUGGGAGCAGAGCAGGACUAAUGAACAUGAUGCAGGGCAGAUGUGGAGGGAAAAACAGGAUGAACACAGGAGGGAAACAAUAAGAGAAACCAAAAACACAAAUAUUACUAGACACAAACUUCAAAUCCUCAUACUGAGCAAACACAGUUCAGUACAGUAUGAGCUGAACAAUGAUGCAACCCUAAAUCAUGUGAAUGAACCUGGACAACAGAAACCGACAGAACAAAGACAAAGAUAAACUCAAACAGUGUUCAUCUGGAACCAAAACGUCUUCAAAGAUGAAUUAAUAAUAAAAAUAAUUGCAGAUGAAUUACCUGUGAAUGAACUAACUUAGUGGUCUGUUAUGUUUUGUGUCUGUAUUUUAUAUUGUUUAUAACAAACUUGUGUAACACCACAUACAGUGUAAUGUGUAUUAUCUUUACUUUACUUCACUGCUUCAGAAGAAUGCAGCUGACUCAAAAACUACAAAUAAUAUUUACUGGAUUUUUAUCAAAUAAAUAAAUUUUAA